AUGAGUUUUGCCAAUGCAUUUCAAAAGAUCAUCGAUCAACCAGAAAAGUCAGAUUCUGUUUUAUUUGUGGAUGAGAAUGUAGUUAUAAUCAAGGAUAUGUUUCCCAAAGCCAUUCGCCACUUGUUGGUAAUACCUCGCCAUCCUGAUGUCACUCAUAAACAUCCAUUAGAUGUAUUCAAUUCAAAUUAUAAAGAAUUCACUGGAGAAGAAUUAUACGAAAUGGUGGGAGAAUAUGUAGAAAAGGCAAAAGAUUUAAUAGCUGAUAAUUUAAGUGAUAAAUUAGGUAUCAAAGAUAAGGCGACUAUCCAAGAUUUGAAAAAUGAGUAUUUUAAGGCUGGAAUACAUUCCAUUCCUUCAUUAAACAAUUUGCAUAUUCAUGUUAUUACAAAAGAUUUCCAUUCUCCCAAGAUGAAGAAUAAAAAACAUUACAAUUCAUUUACAACUAAAUUUUUUGUCAACUUUGACCUAUUGAAUCCAUUGUAUAAUAAAGCAUAUAAUCGUUUGAGAAGUCGCAAUGAUGAUUUUGAUUCGGGGUCUGAUGCAUCUUCAGCUGAAUUGAAAGACUCCGACCAAUCCGAAUUUGUCAGACAUACAAGAUCAGUAGCGGUAUUGGAGGAUAUUAUUAAAUCCACUCCUUUCAAAUGUACUAUAUGUAAUAAAACGUUUGGAAAUUCAAUGGUUAAAUUAAAAGAACAUUUAAGUGAGGAGUAUAAGACCAUAUUUGGGGCUUUGGGAAAUCCGGAAAAUCUAACAAUAAAUGACUUUUAG